CUGCUGUAGUAAUUUAUCAUCCCAGUCCCGUAUUUGAAUUGGGGGAUAAGCAAAACGCUAACUACGAAAACACUUGGUACAUUUUGAAAGAGCAGAAAAGUUAGAGAAACUUCUAUUAUAUCAUUUAAUUUAAAUUAUUCAUAGAAGAUAUUCCAUUCGCUUUCCAAUAUUAAAGCUCAGGCUCGAGGGCUUUUUUCUCGGUCAGCAUUGUACUAUGAAAUGAGCAGUCGUAUACCAAACGCAAAUGAUGUGUUGACAAAGCAAUGCAGCUCUCCUUUAAAUAUCUAUAACUUUUAUAUAUAUGUCCAAACUGAAGAGCGAGGAGUUGAUUUUCUAGAUAUGUGGUUGGAUAUUAGUUUGCUCGACAUCCUUACCAGAAUCUAUUAUAAAGAAGUCGAAAACUCGCACUCUAUUGCUACACAAAGUAGCUCUACCCUUGGCCUUAAUGGUUCUCGAGCCCGGACACCCAAUCAAUUGAACAUUACUUGUGGCUUUUUGGAUGACUACUAUCUCCCUAAUUUUGGUCCAUUAUUUACAGAAGACAUACUAAAUAUGGAGAUUUUAGACCCAGCUGCUCUCUUUCAAAACAAGGAUCGUGCAUCUUAUUUAAAAGAAAUUCAUCCAUCUAAUGAUCCAAAUCCGAAGCCUUUUCUUCCUUCCUUGGGAAUGAUCUCACAGAACCAUUUGUCUGCAUUUCGACAAAAAAUAAUAAAUAGAUACUUGACAAAAGAGUCCCCUUUUCGAGUCCCUCUUCCCUCGCACUUGGUGAAUCCAUUGCUGAAUGCCUCCAAGUAUCAACUGUCCGAGGAUCCCCACAUCUUUGCAGAUGUUCAUUCGUUUAUGUUUCAUUUUAUACUCAAACCUGCAUACAAUCGAUUUUUGGAACGGCAUAUGAAGCACAACAUUCAUUCGUCUAGCUAUGCCAUCAGAUUUCUCAUCGGAUACAUCGCUACCUUCGCUGCAUAUUGGCUUGGAUUUUGUGGCAUCUUUUUGGAGUAUUCUAGAAGAAUACGGAUUUGGACUUUGCUUCCCUUUUUUAUUGGAUUUUAUAAUCUCAUUUGUUCUUGGUUUUGCUUGGAUCCUUUUCUGGCGUUCAUUGGAUAUUUUGAAAUCAAACCACUUCAUUACUCAAAAAUAAAAAACAGGAGGAUCCUUCUUCAUUUACAAUUUAGGGCAGUUUACGCAGGUUUGCUUAUCGCUGCGCUAGUAGCUGCAAACACUGCAAUAUUCAGCAGCGUGCCUUCCGUUCGAUUAUAACACCGUUCUUCAUUUAUGUUUGUUAAUUUUAUGACCACCAUUCAUUCAAAGCAAAUCUACUGAACUAUUUGCUAUAUUUAUGGGUCUUUCAUUUCUGUUUCAUGGCAACAG